UAACCUCACUUUUUAACUGUCACAUUUCGUUUAACCUCAUUUUUUUAUUUUUUGAAUAACAUUUUGUAGUAAGAUACAAAACGUUUUUGUUUUUUUACCUUUAAGUGCUUUAAAAUGAAGCCCAAAAGAGGCGGAUUCAAACGGUCUUUUCAAAACAAACCUCGCAGCCAAAACUGGAGACCGCAGGAAUACCGACACGGCGAUCAGUUGGUCCAGGAAGACGUGGGGAUAACAGAGUACUUAAGCUCUAAGGAUGGAUUUUCGGGCGUCAUAAAAGCCAGGUAUUCCGAUUUCCAGUUGAACGAAAUCGAUUUGGAAGGAAAUAUCGCGAAAUUAACUAACACCGAUAUACCCAAGGACUUCUCUCUGAAGAUGGUCAAGCAGAGUUACACCGAAGUUGCAGAGAGCCCGAACAAGCACAUUCCUCAAGAUAUUUGGGAAUCCUUGAAGAAAGUCGUCGACAAUUCCGAACCCGAGCCAGUGAUACUGAAUGUUGAAAACUUGGAAAAAUCCGAACGGAAAGACAUACACGAAUGCAUAAAGAGCCAUUUCGGUAGAAAACUUAUCGUUUCCACGGUAGAGCAAGACGGAAAGAAGGUUUUGAAAUUCGAAAAAUUUGCAAAAGGCACAGUAGAUGCUCGCUUUCAGUGGCCUGAACACAUAGGAGACUACAUACAUUUCAUCGUUUACAAAGAAAAAAUGGACACCCUCGAAGCCAUAUUCAAAAUAUCCUCAGCAAUAGGAAUAGGCCCGUCUCAAUUCCAACACGCGGGAAACAAAGAUAGAAGAGCUAUUACAUCCCAAUGGUUUUCAGCGAAGAGAAUCGAACCCUGGAAACUCAUCAUAAAAACUAAACAACUGUAUAACAUAAAAAUAGGAAAUAUUAAAUUCAAAAAUGCUCCAUUGAAGUUGGGAAAAUUAAAGGGUAACAGGUUUCGAAUAGCUUUAAGAAACGUCACAGCCUCGGAUGAAGUUAUACUCGAAGCAUUGAAUAACUUGAAACAAAAUCAUUUCAUUAACUACUACGGUUUACAAAGAUUCGGAAAUGACAAAGAAGUACCUACAUAUAAAGUAGGGAUAAGUUUACUGCAGGGAAAAUGGAAAGAGGCAGUAGAUCUGAUAUUAAAACCGAAAUCCUCUGACGAUCCUAGUUCAUCUCACAGCGACAUUGUGCAAGCUAAGAAAAUUUACGCAGAGACCGGAAACGCAAGUAAAGCUUUCGCAGCCCUUCAGAAGAACAAAUCGAAAUGUGUGGAAGGGAAGCUUUUGGAAGGUUUGAAAAAUAAUAAUGAAAACGAUUACAUAAACGCCUUGGAAAAGAUUCCACGACAAAUGAGACUGCUCUAUAUACACGCCUUCCAAAGCUUGAUCUGGAACAAAAUGGUUUCGAAAAGGCUGCAGUUGUUUGGAACCAAGCCAGUUGUAGGUGAUCUGGUUUUUCUAAGUAAUUGUGAGGAUACACAAGAAGAUGAAAUCGAAGAACUUAACGAAUCUACACCUAAUACAAGCCAAAAUGAAAAAGACAUAGAAGCUAAACAAAGAGCUCGAGUAAAAGCUUUGCAAGAAAGUGAUUUAGGUAUUUACUCCUUAUUUGAUAUUGUGUUACCAUUACCCGGUUAUGACGUAACCUACCCGGAACAUAUGAAGCCUUAUUAUAAAGAAAGCGUUGAGGAAUUGGGACUAACCCUAGAAAUGACACAACAGACAGUAAAAUCUUACACGUUGUCUGGCAGUUACAGAAAAAUUUUGGGCAAAGUGGAAGAUCUUUCCUGGAACAUAGUCAAAUACAACAAACCUACGGAUAAUUUAAUCUUAUCCGAUUUACAGGAACUAAAAAAGAACGCUAAAUUGCAGACAGAUGACAACGGGCAAUACAAAGCUGUAAUAUUGGAAUUUGCAUUGGCUUCAUGCAGUUAUGCGACCAUGGUGCUGCGAGAGGUGAUGAAAGUAGAUACAUCUACUAACGCGCAAUCGAAAUUAAACAAUUACCACAGCGAGGCGGCCAGUAAAGUUGAGAAACCUCCCGAAGAAGAAGAAGAGGACGUCUCGAUGGCGCCUAGCAGUCUUUUAUCGGAUCCGGAGAAGUUCGAAUCGUUCAAAAACGCGGUUUUUAAUGUCACCACUGAAAAAAGAGCGGCUUCCGAAGAAAACGGGGAAUCGUCUAAGCGACAAAAGUUAGAUGAUACUGACAAAUAAUUUACUUGUAAAUAACACGUUCUUUUGUUGAAUUAAAAAGGUAUUUAUUUACUGUAAAAACGAGA